AUGCUGGGUCUAGAAUUGGUGCUAAAUCUUGUGAAAAAAUGUCAACAGAAAAAGCUUCUUGUCGCAAUUGCAGUCGUACUGGGCAUCUACGUAGCAAAAAGGUCAGCAGCUCGGAGGCGGUUAUUGAUGCAUCGAAAAAAAGCUUUGGAGAGACAACACGAAGCUACUCGUAUGAAAAUAGCGCUCGCUGAGAGACUCCAUACACACGACAAGGUAAUUCUGGCUAAACGUUUAAGGAUCAUUGAAAUGUCACUGAGUGAACUGAGUAAAGCUUUGAAAUCUGGUUCUUUAUCUGCAGUAGAAGUUUUACAUGCAUAUCAAGCCAAGGCAUUAGAAUGUAGCAGUCAGACUAACUGCGUAACCGAACCGAUAAUUGAAGCAGAGGAAUGGGCAAAAGAACUUGAUGCAAAUGGUGAUAAAGGUGGAAUUCUUUAUGGUAUACCAGUCAGUGUCAAAGAGUGUGUGUAUCUUAAGGGAUAUGACAGUCAUUUUGGUAUAUCUAAAUACAUUGGUAAAAUAUGUACUGAAGACCAUGUCAUAGUUCAAGUGUUAAAAAAGGAAGGAGCCAUACCAUUUAUGAGAACUAAUGUACCACAGAUCAUGCUUAGUUUUAGUUGUAGUAACCCAGUAUAUGGAGAGACAUUGAAUCCACAUGAUUGUGAAAGAUGUCCUGGUGGUUCUUCUGGAGGUGAAGGUGCUCUAAUUGGUAUGCAUGGAUCACAGAUUGGAAUUGGUUCUGACAUCGGUGGGAGUGUUCGCAUACCGGCACACUUUUGUGGUAUCUCUUCUCUAAAACCAACCAGAAGUAGAAUAAGCAAUCAUGCUAAAGUACUUUCUGUAGUUAUUGAGUCAGUUAGUGAUUAUGACAAUUCCUUCUUGCCAUUUGAUAAUUAUACAAGUAUAUAUGGAGCUAUAAUGUGUGGUGUUAAUGGUGUAAUGGCCCGUGAUGUUGAUGGUGUGGUUUUAACAAUGAAAGCUUUGUUAACAUCUGAGAUGUUCAGACUUGACAGUAGUCUUCCUCCUAUUCCAUUUAAUGAUGCGACAUUCUCAAACAUAAAGGUUAUGAGAGUUGGUUACUAUGACGAUGAUGGUUACUUCACCCCUGUUCCUGCAUGUAGACGUGCUGUGUCUGUGGCUGUAGAGGCUCUCAAAUCAAGAGGACAUACGUUGAUUCCAUUCAAUAUUAAAAAAUUACUUACUGAUGAAGAUAAUCACACACUGGCAAAUCUAGCAUUGCAGGCGAUCACUGCCGAUGGAAGUAAACGAUUUAUGUCACAUCUAGAAGAUGAAGACGUUGACAAAUAUUUAUCAUUACAGUUACAUUAUUUCAAUAUAACAUCACUGAAAAGAAAAUUAAUGUGGCCAUUCAUGUCAAACAGAAUGCAGAGAUAUUACGACUCCUGCCGUAAUGAAGACAAAAGAACAUCUGAGCUUUGGUCUGAUCAUCUUAAGGGGGCAGAAUAUUUCUCUAAGUUUGUAAGUGCAUGGAAGGAUGCUAAUAUUGAUGUACUUAUUGGUCCUGGAUUUGGUAUAACUGCAUGUUCUAAUGAAUAUGCAGCAAAACUUUUUUCUGUGGCCGGUACAACUGCAAUCUACAAUAUGCUAGAUAUCCCAGCAGGCACUGUAACUGUUACCAAGGUUACGCAAGAAGAUGAGGAUAACUUAGCAACUGAGUUUCAAGUUAAAGAUAACUGGGACAAGCUUGCAGUUGAGGCAUGUACUGGGUCUGUUGGGCUCCCUGUUGGAGUGCAGUGUAUUGCAUUAAAAUGGCAGGAAGAACUUUGUUUAAAACUAAUGAAAGAACUUGAAGAAGGUGUAAAAGCAAUCAACAAUUGA